CAUUCUAAUUAAAAGUUCUGACAAAAAGGAGUCACAAAAGACACUCAGACUUCUCAAGUAAUUCACAAAACACCUUCUCUUCAUCAUCCAUUCUCAAAACCACUAAAUUUCCCUUCAUCCUCAGAAAGUAGAAUGUCGGAUUAUUGUGAUUAGUCAAUUUGAAUUCCCAGCGGUAGUAUACUGCAAAGAAACUAUGCCAUCUCGUCCAUUACCCAUCGCCAGACUGGGAGGAAACUUUUUUUUUUUUUUUUAAAUUAUAGGAAAAGAGUUGUAUAGUUUGAUACAAUUUAAAAAUAAAAUAAAGAGUCAAUUUGUUAUGGUAAAUUGUAAUGUUUAUUGGAUUUUGUGCUCAAAAACAACUUUUCCUUACCCAACUAAAAAUAUGUGCAACUUCUCUUGAAAAAUAUUUCUUGAGAAAUAGGAACCCAAUCGCAGCCUAACAAUUGAAUAACCAACUCCAUAUCCCGAAAGGCGAUAAUUAUCAGUUGAUUAACUGAGGAAGAGAGAGGAAGAACUGGAUGGGGCCUGUAGGGGCAAAAGGCCUGCAACUACUUACAGUACUACUCCAAGUAGUGGGUUUAUGGCUGAGGCUCGCCAGAAGGACCAUCAGCUAGCCGCUGCACAGGCUACUCAAGGACCUCUGUUGUCAACCAACAAAGGUACACAAAUACAAAUGAGGGAGGCUAUUUAUGAUAAGGAGGCCUCCACCUCAUCAUGAGCUUGGACUAGGGAGCAAGCAAGAAGUUAAGCGUGUACAAUCUUAUGAAGGUAUGUAGUCAGUAAACUGAGGCCCCUCUUCUCUUGGAUCUCUACUCUUUCCAACUUCUCUUUUACAUUGAAUUAUUUCUUUUCUCUUUAAUUGAUUAUUUUCCAACUUCAUUAGCAAUAUGUGAAGCUCAAAGAUGCUAAAAGAAGACAGCAGGAAGCUGCAGCUGCUUCUAUUGAUGCUAACAGCAAAUUCAAGGAAAAGAAGAAGGAAGCUGACAACUUGAACAAACAACUGAAGGGGCUGGAGGAGGGGUAUAGCAAGCUCAGGGCUGAACUGGCAGACAAGAAUAAGAUUUCCAAGAAUGCACUUGAGUUACAGAUGAUCGAUGCUGUGACCCUUGGUUGGAAUUUGAUGGAGGAGCAGCUGCAGUCCAUGGAUAUUGGUUCAGAAUUUCUAAACUUGUCUCUGUUGGACACUAUUCAGCUCUAUCCUUCUCUCCAAAACCAGUUCAAUGAAGGUCUGACUUUGAUAGGUCAGGGACAUCCUAUCGAUGACAAAGUAGCCAUUCAAUCUGAUGAUCCACCAAUGGUUGUGCAGUGCUCCUUUUUUUGGCACUACAACUUGUUGGAUAAUGGUAUGGCAUAUAAGCACAACAUUUUUGCUCAUCUAGGAGAUGCUGCCAACAUAGCUGCCAAUAGUCCUCAAUUUCAGGCUGUAAACACCAGAGCUAAUAAUGUGGAACAGAAGGAUGAUGCAAAUGAUGAUCAGGAGGAUGGAUGAAGCUACUGAGGCUGAUAACUUGCAAUGAACAUGGCAACAUUGUCCGGAUGGUGGUGAGGAUCGUUGAAUUUAUCCAUUUUGUAUAUAUGAUCAUUAGUUUGCUGAUGCAAGAUGCCUGCGUGCUUCCUGGGAACAAUUUCAUUGCCCCUGCGUAGGCCAAUAAUUUGAUACAGUUGAUAUAUUUUCCUUCUGUCUAUCAAUCCGAUACUGAAUGUUGGAUUUUCGGUGCUGAUGGUAGCAUCUUUUUAUUUGAUAUAUGACCUGUUGAUGCUUGCUUUGCUUUUAUUCUUUUUUUUUUUUUUUCUUAAAUAGGAAUGGAAUGAGAACACUAUUAGGAAUUGAGUAAAUUUUUAAAUUUACUUAACAAAUUCAUAAAUCAAGGCUAGGACUAGAUCUAGAUAUCCCAAAGCAGUCAUUUAAAAAAUUUAUUUUCUCAACAUUAUUAAGUGUAAUGUUUGAUUUGAGUACAAAGAUUCUCUUGUUUAAUUAUUAAAAAAUGAGAGAAGUGGAGGAAAUGGAAGUUCUUUAUUUUAUGUUUUACUUUUAUUUUUUUUUUAUUCUUUUAACUUAUUUAAAUGAGGGAAGGAAAAUAAAAAGAUAUAUUUUUUAUUUUUUAAAUUAAAUAUAUUUUAAUUAAAUGUCCCUAAGCCCAAGCCUGGGCAUUUCAUCUAGGUUAUUAGGGUUGGUGCUAGAGCGACGUUUAGACAUGACCUGGUAAAAAUUUCUUUUAUAUAUUAAUUAAAAAUUUUUUAUUUCAUUUUUUUGCUCUCAUGGAGUAUACUUCAAAUUUUGCAAAAUUUAUAAAAUUUU